AUGUCAAGAGCAGAUUUUUAUGAAGUUUGCUUUGUAGAAGAAAUUGUAUCUAAACGCUAUCCGUCUAAUCCUGCUUCAAAGCUUGUCAGAGUUUUAGGGAAACUGAAAAAUUUCGACCCAGUGACUUCUCUUGGUGAAUUAUCUGAUCCGGAGGCUAAGACAUAUUCAACUUUAGCUGUUAAUUUUGAAAAUAUUUCAGAUACUCCUUUAAUUAGAGGAAUAUUGUAUCAGGUUGUUGGAGAAGUUGCCGAUAAAGGAAGUAAAAUAACUCUUAAUGCAUCGAUAGUUAGAAAUGUGGAUGGGAUUGAUAUGCAGAUGUAUAAAGAAGCCAUUAAUUUAAGACGUCAGUUUCUUUCCAAGUGA